AAUAAGAACAGCUCCUCCCUAAGAAGGAUCAUCGUCCCCAAUAUAAAGGCCCUCUGUGCCCAGUCGCAGCACCCUGGAAGCUGCUUCAGUCUACAUCCUACUUGUUCCUCUGGUGUUCUAGAUUAAUUACAUUUAUGAAAAAAUGCCUCACCUCCUACAAAGUAUUGUCACUGUCAUUGACAUUUUCUACCAGUACUCCAGCCAAGAUGGGAAGUGUGAUAUGUUGAAGAGGGGAGAAUUGAAAGAACUUAUACAAAAUGAGUUCCGUCAAAUUCUGAAGAAUCCAGAUGAUCCAGACACUGUAGAUAUCAUCAUGCAAAGCCUGGAUCGAGACCAUAAUAAGAAAGUGGAUUUUAUUGAGUAUCUUUUGAUGGUAUUCAAGCUGGCUCAAGCUUGUAAUAGAAUCAUCAGCAAAGAUUACUGCCAAGCUUCAGGGUCAACGCAGAAAGACCACAGAAACUGGCACCAAGAGGAACAAAGUGAAACAGAAGAGGAGGAACAAAGACAAGGGAGGUCUUCUACUCAUUCAAGUUGGAGUGCAGGAGAGAAUGAUUCCUAUUCUAGGAGUCCCAGGAGAAGUACUAAGCUCAGGUCUGGAUAUGGCUCAGGUCAGUUUCCUCAACAGAGAAGUCGUGAAUCAAGUGCAGGAUCUCAGUCAGAGAGCUAUGAAGAACAAGGAUACAAUUCAAGUUCAAGUGAGACAUCUGUUUAUGGAAAACAUAAGUCAAGCCAGUCCCCUAGUCAAAGAAGACAUGGAUCCUACUUGAGUGGUCAAUCAGGAUCUAACAGGCGACAAAAGCAUAAUUCUGAGUCAAGUCAAUCUUCAGGUUCUGGAGAAUAUGGGUCUGAAUCAGGCCAGUCAAUAAACCAAGGCAAAAGUAAAAAAUGUCCCUGUCAGUCCUCUUCUCAGGGAAAAUAUGGCAGCAGCUCUAGGCAACAGUCAGGAAGCUAUGAAUCAGGUUCAGGAAAACAUUCUAACCGUGGUCACCAAGAAUCUGUAUCUGAAGAACUUUCUAGCCAUGGACAAUAUGGUUCUGGCUCCAGUCAUACAUCCAGACAAAAACACCCUGAAUCAAACUCAGGGGGUCAGUCAUGUUGUGAAAGACAGAAACAUGGCUCUGGAUCAAGUCAAUCCUCUAAUAAUGGAAAAUAUGGAUUAGGCACUAGUCAGUCUUCUAGUCAGAAAUACCAUGAGACUAGUUCAGGGUCUGGUUUAGAAGAGUCAUCAAGCUAUGGAAAACAUGGAUCUGGGUCUGGUCUGUCUUUGGGCUAUGGUCAACAUGGGUCUGGCUCAUGUCAAUCUUCUGGUUGUGGCCAACAUGGCUCUGGCUCAGGUCAGUCCAGUGGCUCUGGACAGUAUGGAUCUAGAUUAGGCCAAUCUUCCAGCUAUAGUCAGCACAGCUCAAGUCAGUCUUCUAGUCAUAGACAUUAUAGAUCUGGCUCAGGUCAGUCUGGUGGCUCUGGGCAGUAUGGAUCAGGCUUUGGUCAUUCUACCAGCUAUGGUCAACAUGGCUCAAGCCAAUCUUCUACUCGUGGACAUCAUGGGUAUGGAUCAGGUCAAUCUUCUAGCCAUGGACAAUGUGGAUCUAGCUCAGGUCAAUCUUCUAAUUGUAGCCAACAUGGGUCUGGCUCUGGGCAGUAUGGAUCAGUCUCUGGUCAAUCUCCCAGCUAUGGUCAGCAGAGCUCAAGCCAUUCUUCUAGUCAUAGACAUCAUAGAUCUGGCUCAGGUCAAUCUAGUGGCUCUGGGAGGUAUGGAUAUGGCUCUGGUCAAUCUUCUGGCUAUAGUCAACAGAGUUCAAAUCAGUCUUCUAGUCAUAGACAUCAUGGAUAUGGCUCAGGUCAAUCUUCUAGCUGUGGACAACAUGGAUCUAGCUCUGGUCAGUCUUCUAGUUGUGGACAACAUGGGUCUGGCUCUAGGCAGUAUGGUUCAGGCUCUGGUCAAUCUUCCAGCUAUGGUCAGCAUGGUUCAAGUCAGUCUUCUACUCAUGGACAUCAUGGGUAUGGCUCAGGUCAAUCCUCUGGCUCUGGGCAAUAUGGAUCUGGCUCAGGUCAAUCUUCCAGCUAUGGUCAGCAAGGCUCAAGCCAGUCUUCUAGUCAUAGACAUCAUGGAUCUAGCUUAGGUCAGUCUUCUAGUGGUGGACAAUAUGGAUCUAGCUCUGGUCAGUCUUCUAGUUGGGGCCAACAUGAAUCUGGCUUAGGUCAGUCCUCUGGCUCUGGGCAGUAUGGAUCUGGCUCAGGUCAAUCUUCCAGCUAUGGUCAGCAAGGCUCAAGCCAGUCUUCUAGUCAUGGACGUCAUGGAUCUACCUCACAUCAGUCCUCCAGUUAUGGGCAACAUGAAUCUAGCUUAGGUCACUCUUCUAGCUAUGGUCAACAUGGAUCUGGCUCAGGCCAGUCCAGUGGCUCUGGGCAGUAUGGAUCUGGCUCUGGUCAACCUUCCAGCUAUGGUCAGCAGAGCUCAAGUCAUUCUUCUAGUCAUAGACAUCAUGGAUCUGGCUCAAGUCAACCUUCUAGCUGUGGACAACAUGGAUCUAGCUCAGGUCAGUCUUCUAGUUGUGGACAGCAUGGGUCUGGCUCAGGUCAGUACUCUGGCUCUGGGCAGUAUGGAUCAGGCUCUGGUCAGUCUUCCAGCUAUGGUCAGCAUGGUUCAAGCCAGUCUUCUACUCAUGAACAUCCUGUGUCUGGCUCAGGUCAAUCCUCUGGCUCUGGGCAAUAUGGAUCUGGCUCAGGUCAAUCUUCCAGCUAUGGUCAGCAAGGCUCAAGUCAGUCUUCUGGUCAUAGACAUCGUGGAUCUAGCUUAGGUCAGUCUUCUAGUGGUGGACAAUAUGGAUCUAGCUCUGGUCAGUCUUCUAGUUGGGGCCAACAUGAAUCUGGCUUAGGUCAGUCCUCUGGCUCUGGGCAGUAUGGAUCUGGCUCAGGUCAAUCUUCCAGCUAUGGUCAGCAAGGCUCAAGCCAGUCUUCUAGUCAUGGACGUCAUGGAUCUACCUCACAUCAGUCCUCCAGUUAUGGGCAACAUGAAUCUAGCUUAGGUCACUCUUCUAGCUAUGGUCAACAUGGAUCUGGCUCAGGCCAGUCCAGUGGCUCUGGGCAGUAUGGAUCUGGCUCUGGUCAACCUUCCAGCUAUGGUCAACAGAGCUCAAGUCAUUCUUCUAGUCAUAGACAUCAUGGAUCUGGCUCAAGUCAAUCUUCUAGCUGUGGACAACAUGGAUCUAGCUCAGGUCAAUCCUCUAGUUGUGGCCAUCAUGGGUCUGGCUCAGGUCAGUACUCUGGCUCUGGGCAGUAUGGAUCAGGCUCUGGUCAGUCUUCCAGCUAUGGUCAGCAUGGCUCAAGCCAGUCUUCUACUCAUGAACAUCCUGUGUCUGGCUCAGGUCAAUCCUCUGGCUCUGGGCAGUAUGAAUCUGGCUCAGGUCAAUCUUCCAGCUAUGGUCAGCAUGGCUCAAGCCAGUCAUCUAGUCAUAUACAUCAUGGGUCUAGCUUAGGUCAGUCUUCUAGCAGUGGACAAUAUGGAUCUAGCUCUGGUCAGUCUUCUAGUUGGGGCCAACAUGAAUCUGGCUUAGGUCAAUCCUCUGGCUCUGGGCAAUAUGGAUCAGGCUCUGGUCAGUCUUCCAGCUAUAGUCAGCAUGGCUCAAGCCAGUCUCCUACUCAUGGACUUCAUGGGUAUGGCUCAGGUCAGUCCUCUGGCUCUGGGCAGUAUGGAUCUGGCUCUGGUCAACCUUCCAGCUAUGGUCAACAGAGCUCAAGUCAUUCUUCUAGUCAUAGACAUCAUGGAUCUGGCUCAAGUCAAUCUUCUAGCUGUGGACAACAUGGAUCUAGCUCAGGUCAGUCUUCUAGUUGUGGACAGCAUGGGUCUGGCUCAGGUCAGUACUCUGGCUCUGGGCAGUAUGGAUCAGGCUCUGGUCAGUCUUCCAGCUAUGGUCAGCAUGGUUCAAGCCAGUCUUCUACUCAUGAACAUCCUGUGUCUGGCUCAGGUCAAUCCUCUGGCUCUGGGCAAUAUGGAUCUGGCUCAGGUCAAUCUUCCAGCUAUGGUCAGCAAGGCUCAAGUCAGUCUUCUGGUCAUAGACAUCGUGGAUCUAGCUUAGGUCAGUCUUCUAGUGGUGGACAAUAUGGAUCUAGCUCUGGUCAGUCUUCUAGUUGGGGCCAACAUGAAUCUGGCUUAGGUCAGUCCUCUGGCUCUGGGCAGUAUGGAUCUGGCUCAGGUCAAUCUUCCAGCUAUGGUCAGCAAGGCUCAAGCCAGUCUUCUAGUCAUGGACGUCAUGGAUCUACCUCACAUCAGUCCUCCAGUUAUGGGCAACAUGAAUCUAGCUUAGGUCACUCUUCUAGCUAUGGUCAACAUGGAUCUGGCUCAGGCCAGUCCAGUGGCUCUGGGCAGUAUGGAUCUGGCUCUGGUCAACCUUCCAGCUAUGGUCAGCAGAGCUCAAGUCAUUCUUCUAGUCAUAGACAUCAUGGAUCUGGCUCAAGUCAAUCUUCUAGCUGUGGACAACAUGGAUCUAGCUCACGUCAGUCCUCUAGUUGUGGCCAUCAUGGGUCUGGCUCAGGUCAAUCCAAUGGCUCUGGGCAAUAUGGAUCAGGCUCUAGUCAAUCUUCCAGGUAUGGUUAUCAGGGCUCAAGUCAGUCUUCUAGGUGUAGCCGUCCUAGGUCUGGCUCAGGUCAAUCUUCCAGCUUUGGACAACAAGGAUCCAGAGCAGGUCAGUCCUCUGGUUAUGGUCAGCAUGAGUCAGGAUCUGGUCAGUCUUCUAUGUAUGGACCAUAUGGAACUAGCUCUCAUCAGCCUUCCAGUUAUGGUCAGUGUGGCUCAACUCAGUCUUCUAAACAUAGCUAUCAUGGGUCUGGUUCAGGUCAAUCUUCUAGCUGUGGACAACAAGGGUCUGGAUCAGGUCAGUCAUCUGGAUCUGGACAGUAUGGGUCUGGCUCAUGUCAGUCAUGUGUCUCUGGUCAGUAUGGUUUUGGAUCAGGUCAGUCCUCUGGAUAUGGACAGUAUGGAUCUGGCUCUUGUCACUCACCUGGCUCUGGUCAAUAUAAUUCUGGGUCAUGUCACACAUCUAACUCUGGACAGUGUGGUUCUGGAUCUGGUCAGUAUUCUAGCUCUGAACAAUAUAGAUCUGGUUCAUGUCACUCAAGUAACUCUGGGUGUUGUGGGUCAGGAUAUGGUCAGUAUUCUGGCUAUGAGCAAUGUGGUUCUAGCUCACAAGAGUGUCGUUCUGGGUGUGAUUCUAACUAUGAGCAAGCCUCGGGUUGUGGCUUUGGACAGUCUGUAUCCAACAGUACCAAUACUUUGUUAAUUUGCAAAGAGGAUAAUAAGCAGCAUGACUAUUGUUAUCAGAAAGAAGGUAACUAUAGAGGAGAGAGUACCAACUCAAGAUCCCAUGGUUUCCUUAGCAGUACUCCACUCUAUGAGUAUUUUCAAGAGCAGAGAUACUAA